AUGGCGGACGCAAAGAUAGCAAACGCAAGGUCGAACGGGUUCUGGCUUUUUGGCAUCCUUGGCGUCGCUUUCUUUGCUUGGAAUUACCCAUAUACACGUCGUUUGGUCGUCUGUUCACCUACCAGAAGUAUAUAUACAGUUGACGAGGCUUAUCCAAGGGUGGAAUGCAUAUCUGUCGUCGGUUCACAGAUAACAGAGACCGGAAACUUCUCUGACUUGACCAAUACAAACACACUGAUACCACUUACUCUUGUACCUUAUAUCCCGACUUGGAUUCCCGGGUUUCUCCAAUGGUCCCUUGAAGUCAUUACUAUACCACCAACCUCUGUUGUCGUUCCAGGACUUGCAGAUUCGCACGCGCAUGUCAUCCAGAAUGGCUUCAAGAUGCAGCUAGAGUUAGAGAAAGCCAAGUCUGUCUCCGAUGUCAUAGAUCUUAUCAAGACGUACAUUCUGUCCCAUCCUGACGUAGAACGUGAUCCAACACGUUGGAUCCAAGGGAUGGGAUGGGAUCAAACGAAAUGGCCUGGCGGGGAAUUUCCCACUGCAGAAGACCUAUCCAAAGACCCACUCCUCUCAGGUAGACCUAUUGCCUUGUAUAGAGUCGACGUUCAUGCCACAUGGGUUUCUACCCGCGUCCUCGAGCUUAUCGGUGACGAUAUGCCGUCAGAAGUAGAGGGCGGAAUCAUCGUUCGCGAUUCCGAAGGACGGCCCACUGGCGUGUUUUUGGACAACGCAAUGUCAAUUGUCCCCCAUCCCAAAUUUAGUGAAGCCGAACUGUCUAAUUUCUUCGAUAUCACGAUGAAGAUGGCGUUGCAGUAUGGUUUAACGUCUGUUCACGACGCAGCUGCUGAGCCCGAAGUCAUCGAAUUCCUGAUGAAGCAAGCCGAAACGGGAACUCUUCCGAUUCGACUUUAUCUCAUGGGAAGCGUGUCUUCGGAUGAAUACUGGGGCCCUCAGCUUCCUAGACUGAUAAAUUAUGGGAAGGAUGGCAGACUGAACCUGAGGAGCGUGAAGCUCUUUACUGAUGGAGCUUUGGGCUCUUGGGGCGCUGCCCUUCUGGCACCCUACUCCGACAAACCAGAAACCAGCGGUAUCAUGCGGAUACAACAAGAGACACUAUCGAAGCUUGUUCAUCAAUUUCAUCGAGAUGACUGGCAAGUGAAUAUUCACUGCAUUGGCGACAAGGCCAACAACGUUGUCUUAGACGUCUUAGAAGAUGUCAUUUUGGAACGAAACGGGUCCCGAAAAGCAGAUAUAACGAAAUGGAGACCUCGAAUUGAACACUCUCAAAUUCUGACCCUCAACGAUAUCGAGAGAGUCGGCAGACUCGGUGUCAUCCCUAGCGUCCAGCCGACCCAUGCGACAAGCGAUAUGUGGUACGCAGAGAAACGCUUGGGUCCUGAUAGGAUGAAGGGUGCAUAUGCCUAUCAGUCUCUACUGAAAGCCUCUCCCGGAAACGUCCUCCCUCUCGGGUCCGACUUUCCGGUCGAAGGCGUAAAUCCACUGCUAGGUUUCUACGCUGCCGUAUCCCGACUCUCUGUAGAUGGGACAUCUCCUCACGGUCCCGACGGAUGGUACCCUGAACAGAAACUGACGCGCGCGCAAGCCUUGAAAGGCAUGACGCUGGACGCGGCUUAUGCGUCUUUUGCUGAAACCGACUUGGGCUCCCUGGUACCCGGUAAGAAGGCAGAUUUCGUGGUUUUGGAUCGAGACAUCAUGUCAAUCCCGGUUGGAGAGAUAUUGGAAGCUAAAGUGACUGCCACAGUGAUAGAUGGCAAGGUUGCUUAUGGCGCCUUAUGA